AUGAGUCACCUGCCAGCAGACAUGUGCGGUCACCAGGGCAUCCAGGGUUGUGUGUUCGACCUCAGGGUUGCCAGCACCUCAGAGUGGCCCUGGACGCCCUCAGGAUCGCCGGCUGCGGGCCAAUGUCAAGGAGUGCGCCAGGACGAAAUGCCACCGUGUGAGUGUCCUGUUGGGUGGAAGGGUCCCAGGUGUGAGGAGGCGAGUCACCUGUGUCCAGGGGGCAGUGGAUGGUGUGCCCCAGGGGCGCUAUGUGUGGGUGGGGAGCCGCCCACACCUCGACCCAUCUGUCUGUGCCAGCUGGGAAGGACGGGAUCCCGCUGCGAGGAAGCCAUUAACAUCACAGACCCGUGGUUCUCGGGUCACGGUUCCUACCUGAGUGUCAGGGUGAACAACCUGAGGCGAGAGUCGGAGUUGGUCAUGUCUUUCAAGCCUUCACGUCUUGAUGGUGUGUUGCUGGUGGCACUUCCCAGGAGGCCCCCUGGAGACUUCAUGGCCCUGGCACUCAUCAAUGGCACCCUGCAGUUUACCUACCAUCUAGGGUGGCGUGCACCAGGGCUGGUGGUGGUGCGCUCUGAGGGCGUGGCCAGGCUGGAGGAGUGGCAGACGGUGCAGGUGUGGAGGAGAGGCGGAGACGGGGCACUCACCUUCAAGGGAGCCACUAGCAGGGCCACUUCCCUGGCACCCACCACACUCCUUGACGUCCACACCGAGCUCUUCCUGGGAGGAGUGCCAGACUCGCAGGUAGUGCCACCAGCAGUGGCACCACCAGACAGCCGUGUUCCCUACCGUGGCUGUCUUAGACAGGUCAGUCCUCACCUCUCACUCCUCACUCUUUCCUCACCACUGUCACUCUCUCAGUCUCACCCCUUUACUUAUUCUUACCUCUUCCCCUCACUCUCACACUUCCCCUCACUCUCACACUUCCCCUCACUCUCACACUUCCCCUCACUCUCACACUUCCCCU